AUGUGCCUGUACAUUGAUGAGUUUACAAGAGUGCCAAAUGGGAUUGGGAGCCUAACAAACCUUGAGGUGCUUUCAACUUUAGACAUUACCGUCUCCAUUGACAUUAUAGAAGAGUUGGGACAGCUAAUGGAACUGAGGGUGCUUCAUAUUUUGCUGUUCAUUGGCUGGAGUGGGAAGCUAGUGGAAUGCCUACACAAGCUGCAAAAUAUCCAAUAUCUAUACAUCAAGAUCUUUGGAGAUCAUCAAUGGGACUUUGGUGGAUUGGAUGCCUGGGUCGCUCCUCGACAUCUCUAUAGAUUGGAUAUAGAAUGGCCAUGCUGGUUCUCAACACUGCCAACAUGGAUGAAUGAGUCUUAUCUACUAGACCUUGUAUACCUAUCCAUUGCCGUGAGGGAUUUAGGGCAGGUCAACCUCGAAACCCUUGGGAGGUUGCGAGCACUCCAUCUACUACAAUUGUCGGUGGAUCCAAAAAAUCUUGGAACCCUUGGGGGAUUCAUCAUUGGUUGUUAG